AAAAGAGCGUGUUGCCAAUGCAAUUGGUGAUCAAAGAAAUCAUAAAGUAAAAUAAAGCAAAAUGAAAUCAAUAAAUAACAACGCCAUAUGAAUUAUUGCUUCCGUGCGUGUGUUUUGAAGCGCUGCAUUCACUGCGCUGCGCUUCCAGGUUUGCAGACGGCGUUUCUCCAGGAGCUGCGUGUGACGUCGCGCAGACAGCAGCCAGGAGCAGCCGGCACGGCACGCUGUGGGACAGCAGGACUCAACCCUUGUGUCCGGGAGGAGAAACAUGGCCACCGCAUUUUCAGAGCUGAACUCGCUCACAUGCUGUGCUCAGUGUGAUCAGUAACGGCGAGUGUUCAAGACGAUUGCUGGCGGUAUUGCAUAGGUACGCGGGCUCAGUGUUUUUACCUUUUAAAUAUAAGACAGUUCACCAGAGUAAAAGACAAGGCUGUGUGUGUUGAGACGCGUCUCUGAAAUGAAAGAAGAGAUGGAUAUGCGCGCAUCCUCCGCGUCUCUCCUGGAAGAAGAACUCGCCUCUGCUAUCGAGCCUGCAGUGAAAGCGGCUGUGCUGAGCGUCAUGUCUGCAUUAGCAAAGUUCGUGGACAGUAAAUGUGCAGUUUUCCACCUCAGACUGGACGAGAGAGACCACGAAUUCGAAAGCGUGAGAUUGCGAUUGGAAAUAGCGGAGAGCGAGUUGAAAGCCGUAAGCGAACGAAAAUACCCGAACACUGGCGAGAACGCUGCACAGUCUGUCACGAACACCAGUGAACAGCACAUCGAUAUCAUCCAUCAACCGAGAAGGCAGAAGGAAGGGCACCGUGUGAAACGCCUCUCAUUUUUCACGGAGGGUGAAGCUGUAAGUCACGAAUUCAGCGACAGUAUUGUUGCUCAUGGGCUGCCAGCCACUACACGCGAUUACUCCACUCUACCAGCUCAGCCAGUCCGGGAGCCGGAGCAUGCAGUCCACACCGCACUGAAAAACUCCCGGGUUUUAAUCCAGGAGGAUGGAAUUUAUUCCGAGGAGGACCUGCUGAUGCGAGGUGAUGAACAGAUGGGCCACGCAAGCACAGCGGGGUGGAGAAGAGCAGUGGAAGGUCCUGCACAGAGCAAUGCUCUCCCCCAUGCUGAGGAAGGGUUGAAGGCAGAAUCAGCUCCCAUUCAAGAGGAGCUCUUUGCCCAGGAAUGGUGUAGAAGUCCAAAGCAGGCUACAGAGCUGACAUCUAUUGAAGGGAAGGUGGAGGAGGAACCUGCACUAGAUCCUGAGCACAUUAAUGAAGAGAUCCCUGGAAUUGAACCGGUCAUCAUUAAAGAGGAGGUUCCUGAACUUGAAUCUGACCCCGUUGAAGAGGGGGGUUCUGACCACUUUGAAAAAUGGCAGCAAAUUCACACAGGAGAGCAACUGCAUCUCUGCCUUGUAUGUGGGAAGAGUCUCAGUACAUCAACAGAGCUGAAAAGACACCACCGAAUUCACACAGGGGAAAGACCGUACUGCUGCACUGAAUGUGGAAAGAGUUUCAAUACCUCUACAGAUCUGAAAAGACACCGUCGCAUUCACACAGGGGAGGCGCCGUAUUCCUGCACUCAGUGUGAGAAGAGUUUCAAACAGCUGCAGCAUCUUAAAUCACACCAGCGAAUCCACUAUGGAAAGAAACUGUAUCACUGUACUGAAUGUGAGAAGAGCUUCUCUCAGUUAGGAACCAUGACAUUGCAUGAGCGAAUUCACACAGGAGGGAAGCUGUAUACAGCAGCAGAGCUCAAGAUACACCAGCGAUCUCACACAGGAGAGAAGCCGUAUCGCUGCACUGAGUGUGAGAAGGGUUUCAAACAAGUAUCCCGCCUCAAAGCCCACCAGCGCAUUCACACAGGUGAGAAACGGUAUCACUGUGCUGACUGUGGGAAGCGUUUCAUUCUGUCUUCAGACCUCAAAAGACACCAACGAAUUCACACAGGAGAGAAACCAUAUAGCUGUGAUCACUGUGGGAAGAGAUUUAAUCGGGCUGGAAAUCUGAUGUCACACUUAGGGGUUCACACAGGGGAGCAGUCGACUCACUGCGCUCAAUAAGAGAGAUUUUAUUUUCCACUCCCAGUUGAAGAAGCACACAGUAUCCACACACUUCACUAGGAGCAGCAGCACUGUACCUUCAUCACAAGAGGACUCAGUCUAGUGGAAGCUGAGAGUAUACAAGACCCUGAGAUGCAAUUGGACUUUUUGAUCCCUUUGUCAAAAUGAACCCUGAUUGUCUGAGUUAUUAAAGUGUAAAUCCUGG